GUCUCUGAACCUUUUCAACACAUGAAGUUGAGUGAUGACAAGAAAGUAAGCGGUAACAGCCAAAACCAACUUCACAGAGAUCUAAGAGGUGCAAAAGCAUCCAAAAAGCCAGGAACAGGACCAGUACAGCGAACAAGGUCUGCUGUGGAUUAUGUCACUUACAACGACAUGUUUCUGAAGAUCAGUCAGGGAGAUGAAGGUCCAGCAAUCUACGAAAUGUUUGCGACUCCAGUUUAUGAAAAUCUUAGAGUAGACAGUUCUGCGGAGAGAACCAGACAGGUCCAUACAGCACUUCAAGUUAAAAGACAAACCAAUGGAAAACUGAAGGGCCAAAAAACAGUGGAGGUUAACCGAAGGAAACAAGCUCAAUCAGAGAGAUCCAGUCGAGCUAAACACAGGCAACUCAAGCGGAGGGAUACUGUUAACAAAGGAAUAAGGAAAAACCCACCUUUUUCAGAGAAUAAAUGCCAUGUCCUUGUAACUUCUGCUCGUGCAGCAGUCCAGCUGAAUAUAUCCAAAAUGCACAUCGAGGGAGAUGGAAGGGAAUUAUCAACCGCAGAGAGACAACAUACUUCCAUACUAUCAGUGAUUGAGGAAGUACUUUCCAACACUGUAUCCAAAACUCUCAUAAAGGAAAUAAUACAUCAAGAACAAACUCCAAUUGAUGCAAGUUCCAAAAGUGAACCUGAAGUAUUACAUGAAACCAAAUUGCCAUCGCAGCCUCUUAUCAAUACCUGGACAAGUGACGGAACAGUCUCACCAGUGUACCAAAGCCUUCUAGAUGAGGUUGGCGAUGGACCUCUCACAGAUGACUUGUUGAGGUCUUUGGCAGAGGAGUUGAUCUCACUCGAGAGAAGAGAUUUUGAAACACUCAAGACUGAAAAGGAAUAUAGCACAGAGUUCAAACAUAAUCUGCCUUCAAGAUUUAGAAUGUUUUUAAAUGAGGGUUCAUCCUCAGGUGAACUGCAUUACACCAAUGGAUCUUGCUCAGAUGAUGCCAUCACAUGGACAAAAGGAGAGGUUCUGGGUAAAGGAGCUUAUGGAACAGUGUAUUGUGGGCUAACCAGUCAAGGUCAGCUGAUUGCAGUAAAACAAGUGGCACUGGAUGCUUCAACUUCAGAGAUGGCAGAAAAAGAGUAUGAACGCCUGGAGAGAGAGGUGGAUCUUCUCAAGACCCUUCAUCAUACUAACAUUGUUGGUUUCUUGGGCACAGCUCUCUGUGAGAAUGCUGUUAGCAUCUUCAUGGAGUAUGUUCCAGGGGGCUCCAUCUCAAACAUCUUGAGCCAGUUUGGACCCUUGCCAGAGAAGGUCUUUGUUCUAUACACUCGACAAAUUCUGGAAGGUGUUGCCUAUCUUCAUGCCAACAGGGUCAUCCAUAGAGAUCUGAAGGGGAACAACAUUAUGCUUAUGCCCAACGGAGUGGUCAAGCUAAUCGACUUUGGUUGUGCUCGCCGUCUUAGCUGUCUUCAGACUUCAGCUGGAAGUAAGAGUGACCUUCUGAAGUCUGUGCAUGGUACUCCAUACUGGAUGGCACCAGAGGUGAUAAGUGAGACAGGUCAUGGACGAAAAUCAGACAUCUGGAGCAUUGGCUGCACUGUGUAUGAAAUGGCCACAGGAAAGCCACCCCUCGCUCACAUGAACAAGAUAGCAGCCCUCUUUUACAUUGGGGCUCAAAAGGGCUUAAUGCCAUCUCUGACUGAUGACUUCACUACACAUGCAAAAGGAUUUGUCAAGGCUUGCCUAACCAGAGAUCCAAAGCAACGACCUUCAGCAGAGGAACUGUUAAGACAUGCAUUCCUCUCUCAUCACAGCCAAGCCUGCAGUAGGCAAAUGAACUGAAAACUUAAUUCACCAAAUCAAAAAGUGACUUUUAAAAACAAUUGUGAGGCAACAAUUUAACAUGGAGAAAAAUGUAAUUUAUAACAGUGAAUUAGUCUGGAACUGGAAAUAGUCAGAUGUGCCAAUAAGUUCUUAAUGCAAUAAAUGAUCACAUAAAGACUGAGGUUAAGGUAGUGGAAACCAUGGAAUUUUUUAUUAAAUCUAAAUAAUAAAAAAAAAAAAAGUAGUGCCAGGGUUUGCACUUGCCUUAUCCAACUGCAAUUCAGCGAUCCAUAGUAAAAUGAUGAUUUUACAAUGCUGGCCUCAUUUACCAAUAUCUUCACACUAAAAAGUAUCAAAAAAAAAAAAAAAAUGAAAACCAUUCAUCCGUAUUCAGAAAUAAUGUUAAGGGCCUGUGAAAGCCCAGAUCUCUUUGGGUAAGUACUGUGAUAAUGAACUCAAUCUCCUUUUACUCACGUAUGUUUCUGGUCAUUUAUUAAAGGCUACUGCUUCAAGCCAAGAAAUAUAUAAAAUGCACUUCACAGCGAAGGUUAUGUAAACUUCAUAGAACUAUACUUUUUGAGGCACAGCCUUUGGCAUCCAGCUUAAGGUCAUCUUGACGUUCAAAAAAGGUACAAAUUGCAUGGCCCCUGACAACAUGCCAGGUAAUUGGCAGGGUGUGGAUUGCCUGCUAGUUUACCCUCUCCUGAUAGCAACAUGGAACACCAGUUCUAGAGCACAUCACUGGAAGGCAGCGCUAGAAUUCCCAAUGUGAUAAAUUCUAACACUGAGUCACAAAACCCCCCCUACCCCAAUAUAUAUAUAUAUAUUUUUUUUUUUACAAGCAGCUCCAAACCUGAGAAGUUAUGGUACAGCUUUUAACAUACGAGAAUGUAUGUAAAUUUUUCUUCACAAUCAGUAAACAACUAUCUCAUCCCUUUCAUUAUUAACAUGCAGCUCACAUAGAAGGUAUCAGAUGAGGGAAAAGGAAA